AUCGAACUCGCGGGGUCGCGGCGCGCUAACCGCUGCGCCACCGCUCCACGCGCGAUUACGUCACGCACUUGGCGCACCUGCGUCGGCGAAGUCGCUUCAAGCAGCCAAUGGGACGCGGCGUUAAUGGCGGAGACGCGGCCAAUCGGCGCGGCUCUUGAUAAAACCCGUCGCUAUGGUGACGGCAACAGCGUUGCCUGCAGCCGCUGCGAGUUCUCGAGACCUGCACCAUCACCUGUGUGUAACCAUGAAGAAGUUGCCACCAAGUCUGAGCAAGGACUCCAGAGGGAAACAAUCUGGCUCUACGUUCGUCGGGAUGAGCCAGCGCAGGGGGGUGACACUGGGAGCACGGGGCGCCUCCUCGCUGGCCGUCGUCCCCCGCGUGGGCACGCGCAGCGCCACGACGCGCAGCAUCCUCACGUCGUCGAGCCGGCGCAGCUUGGGAGCAGGGCCCGCGGAGGGCCGAGCGGGGGGAGCCGCGCUGGGAGGACUCCGGCCCUCCGUGCUGGUGCUGGAUGAGAACGGGUGCGACGUGACCCCGCGGCCUCUCUUCACCCCAGAGCAGGGCAAGGCGAGCCGUGGAGCCGGCGUAGGGGAUGCAGCGGGGGGCCCAUCUGGCGGGGGGGGCUCCGCCUCGGACAUGCUGUCCUCCUACUCCUUCUACCAGACUGCCGUGCACACCGCCAGCAUGGCCGGGCAGUUCACCAGAUCCACUUUUGGCAGCAGCCUCUCGGUCUCUGCCCACUCCAGUCUGGAUUCCCUGACAGAUGAGAUCGCAGAACCAAGCGUCCAAAAUGACUACAGCAGCUUAGCAGAGAUGCAGAAUCGGGGGGAAGAAGAGGGGCCAGAGGUGCUGGGAGAGGCAGAGCUGAAUCGCAUCGUCACCCUGUGGCUGUCUGAAACCCCGACGAUGGAGAUAAUGGACAUGACCUCAGUGUCUGUGUCCACACAAGACAGCCAGGCAGAGGCUAUCAGGCAGCGUAACCAGACGUACAAGCAUCUGUGCUCGAGCCGCAUGGGGAACGAGCGCUACAUGGAGCGCGGCGCGCAGACACUCAACCUGCAGCGGAAGAGCAAGGAAGUGCAGUGUGACAGGAUCGUGACCGCCGAUGCAGGUAUUUUUGCCAGCACGUGGGACAUGCAUGACACGUUAAGCGAAUUGGAGGCCUCCAAGUCAGCAACCGGUAAAGCAGAGAGCCCAGGCCAGCCCGGCUCGUCAACAAGUCUCGCAGCAAGCCAGCGCUUCGCACCAGGCACCGACAUCACUGCAAGCUCCAUGGGCACAGACAGCAAGCGCAGCCUCUCCUCCAGCACUGCCCAGGGCUCCGAGAGUGCCCUGGGCUUGGCGCCGCUCCUGGCCGAGCCGAGCGGUGCUCCUCCAUCGGACGCCAUCCUGGGCUCCCCGUCUUUCCAACGAGACCUGGCCACCAUGGAGCGCGUGCUCGUCGCAAACCUCUAUCAGCACAAGAUGGCUGCCUAUCGCCAGCUGCCUGUGCUGCCAGAUCCUGAUGGGGUUACGGAAGACGAAGAGGGAGCCCCGGAGGAAGAGAAGGCAAUGGGGGGGCAAGAGAGGAUACCCCGGGGAAACGUGGGGAUGGAGGUCGGCCCGAAGACGCUGCCCGGAAGCAGCGCGCAGAUUCCCGCGGUGGUGCAUGGCGGGGGGGGCCCCUUCCUGCAGCGACUCUGGGCCUUCUCAUGCGGCUUGACCAAGGGCCGAAAUGUCAGCUGCCUGGCCUGGAACCGGCUCAACCCGGACCUGCUGGCCGUGGGCUAUGGGGAGUUUGGGAUCCGAGACCAGAAGGAGGGGCUGGCCUGUGGCUGGUCACUCAAGAAUCCCACGUGGCCGGACAAAGUGUUUCACAUGGAGUCGGGAGUGACGUGCAUCGAUUUCUCCGCGGCAAACGCAAACCUGCUGGCAGUGGGGACGCUGGAUGGAACAGUCGCCGUUCACAACACCCGGGGAGGGGCUAAGGAGCUUCCCUCUCUCACCAGCAGCGAGUCGGGCAAACACAUGGGUGCAGUGUGGCAGGUGCAGUGGGUGAGGCUCGAGCAAGGAGGAGGUGGGGAGGACCGCGGGGAGACCCUCACAUCCAUCUCAGCUGACGGUCGUGUCACCCGCUGGGCCGUCCGCAAAGGCCUUGACUGCCAGGAUCUGAUGAGGCUGAAGCGGACUGGGGAAGGCCGGACUCGACGAACUGCAGGCGUUGAGGGACAGAGGGGACGUAAGAAUGAGGCGCUCAUUUGGAGACUGGCUUGUGGAACCUGCGUCGACUUCCAUCCUCAGGACAGCAACGUGUACCUGGCCGGCACGGAGGAGGGCUUCAUCCACAGGUGCUCGUGCUCCUACAGCGAGCAGCACCUGCAAAGCUACUCCGCUCACCAGGGCCCAGUCUACCGCGUGCUGUGGUCUCCCUUCGAGCCGGAAGUCUUCCUGAGCUGCUCCUCCGACUGGAGCGUGCGGCUGUGGAGGGUGGACCUGACGUCCCCCGUGCUCACCCUGCAGUGCGGCAGUCAGGCUGUGCUGGACGUCGCCUGGUCCCCCCAUAGCCCCACACUCCUGGCUGCGCUCACCGCAGAGGCUCUGCAUGUGUGGGACCUGUCCAGCAGCACGCUGGACCCCGUGCUGGUGAGCCCAGGUCGGCGCGGGGUGCACAUGACGCGCGUGGCGUUCUCCCGCGCGCCCGGCCACUGCCUGCUGGUCGGGGACAGCGACGGGCACGUGACGCUCUAUCAGCUCAAGGGGCUGCUGCAAACCAAGAAGGUGGCACUCUCGGAUGUGAUCAGUACCAUACUGACCUCCCAGAGCGAGCAAACAGCAGCGAUGGGGGAAACGUCUUGAACCAACCGGACUGCAUCAUACGUCGUGACGUUAUGCCCUGUGGCAGCUUGUCAUUCCACUUUGGCUGGGGCCUGGACUUUGACUCAACAUUGCCAGAAAUUAUUUACAAUGAAUCCUAGAGUCAGAGUCUAUGCCACGCGUGCAAUCUCAAGUCACCUACUGACCACUUUUACUCAGCCUACCUUGUCAAUCCCAUCCAUGUUGACUUUACUGGACUUCACCCAAGCUCGCCUGACAAAGUCUACACAAGUCUAACAACGUUCUAUUGUUCACAUAUCCCACCUGACGCAGCAGAUCCAUGAGAAAUACCCUCAGGACGUAACUGGAAGCCAUAACUGGCCCGGUGCGCGUGUUGUACAAUGUUUCCUUUCUCGUCCGUUUGUGCAAGCGUGCCGAUGUCUCCGUCGCCAACAGCGGGGGGACAAUGACCAAGAGGGGUGCCGAGUUCCCACCGUCUCAACAAGAAGUGAAUCUCACCCGUCGGGUUUAACGCCGCCACCUGAGAGUAACAACUGGAGCUCGAGUUUCAUCAUCUCACUCGGUACAAAACCAAACGUGCGCUCUCAUCCCCAUCUCUGCAUGCAUCAUUUCUUGAAUGCGUCAUUGCUGCCGCUUGAAACAGAAUGGGCUAAUGGAGGUUAAGGGGAGGCAGAGUGUGGAACGAGUCGUAAGGGGGAUGAUGGGAAAAGUGGCACGCUUGGGUUUUCUGUUCACUUUUUUUCUGAAAUAAAGUGGUUGAAAUAACAAAAAAAA